AUGUCGACAAUUGGAGCUGUUGAUAUUCUUAAUCAAAAGACCAUAACUUCUGAAGUGGCUGCCUCAGUGACUUCAAAAUAUCUACAAAGUACGUUUUCUAAAGGUAAUACAAGUCAUAUCGAAGAUAAAAGGUUCAUUCAUGUCAGUUCGCGUUCUCAUUCAAGAUUCACCUCGACUCCCAUAACUCCAAAUGAAAUUCUUUCCCUAAAAUUUCACGUAUCAGGUUCAUCGAUGGCGUAUAGUAGAAUGGAUGGGUCAUUGACCGUUUGGUUUAUUAAAGAUGCAAGUUUUGACAAAUCUGUAGAAGUUUAUAUUCCAGACUGUUGUGGUUCCGAUAAAUUGGCUACUGAUUUGUCCUGGAACCCUACUUCUUUAAAUCAAAUAGCUGUCGUGAGCAAUUCAUCAGAGAUAUCCUUACUCUUAAUCAACGAAAAAUCGCUAACGGCAUCCAAAUUAAGGACCUUGUCAUUGGGAAGCAAGACUAAGGUCAACACAUGUCUUUAUGAUCCAUUAGGAAACUGGUUAUUAGCUGCCACCAAAUCUGAGAAAAUCUACUUGUUUGAUGUGAAAAAGGAUCACAGCUCUGUCUGUUCUUUGAACAUCAGCGAUAUAAGCCAAGAGGAUAAUGACGUUGUGUAUUCCUUAGCAUGGAGCAAUGGUGGAAGUCAUAUAUUUAUUGGCUUUAAGAGUGGUUAUUUGGCCAUUUUAAAAGCAAAACAUGGCAUAUUGGAGGUUUGUACCAAAAUUAAAGCACAUACUGGUCCUAUAACCGAGAUCAAAAUGGACCCAUGGGGAAGAAACUUCAUUACUGGGAGUAUCGAUGGGAAUUGCUACGUAUGGAAUAUGAAGUCACUAUGUUGUGAAUUAAUAAUUAACGAUUUGAACUCUGCGGUAACAACACUAGACGUCUGUCAUUUGGGUAAAAUACUAGGAAUUUGUACAGAAGAUGAAAUGGUAUAUUUCUAUGAUCUUAAUAGUGGUAAUUUACUCCACUCUAAAUCUUUAGCCAAUUACAAAACCGAUCCCGUUUUGAAGUUUUAUCCUGAUAAAUCAUGGUAUAUCAUGUCAGGCAAGAAUGACACACUAUCAAAUCAUUUUGUUAAAAACGAAAAAAAUCUAAUAACUUAUUGGAAAGACAUGUUCGAUAACACGAUGAUUGAAAAACGUAGGAAAAACAACGGUGGAGGCAACAACCACAAUAAAAGGACGAGUAAGAAUACUGAUAGGAUUGGCAAGGAUAGGCCGAGUAGAUUCAACUCAAAAAAAUAA